CGACCUCUUCCACCAGCGCCCACGUGCACUAAACACGUCGAUUGCUGGUAGCGGCGGCGUUCCUCCCGUACAAAGUCGCGCCGGAGCUCUCUUUCCCUCUCGCAAAGUCUUCUAUCCAAGGCGUUCGCAGUACUUACAACUUUGGGCCACAAUGCUCAGCCUUCGCACUUUUGGUUGUCUCACAUGUUUGACGCAAGUCGCUGUUCUGGGAUGCAAUGUGCAGACCAAUAGCUCCCAUCUGAAGGACUUUGUUCCAAAACGCGAGGUACUCUAUGUCGGUGGACGAUACACAAAUAUCAUGGACAGUGCAAUCAAUUCCACAUCACUGGCUAUGGUUGGACAGAUCUACGUCGAGAAGCUCUCUCCUAAUCCAGCCCCGGCGAAUCCACCACUUCCCAUUAUCUUCAUUGCAGGCGCGGCUCAGAGUGGUACCAACUUCCUUGACACUCCAGAUGGGCGGCCAGGAUGGGCAUCAUAUUUCAUUUCCAAAGGUCACACAGUGUACCUAUCAGACCAGCCAGCACGCGGCCGAUCCUUCUGGCUUCCCGACCAAGGAAGUCUCGGAACCAUUGGCUCCCCCAAUUCUGUCUCUGACAUCUUCACCGACGUAGCAAACAAUGGCAACCAAUGGCCGCAGGCGAAGCUUCACACGCAAUGGCCUGGCACUGGUCGCAUUGGCGACUCGACUUUCGAUGCUUUUUACAGGAGCCAGCUACAGUUCCAAACCGACCGCUUCAUCAGCGAAGAACAAAAUGCGCAGGCGUAUUCAGCUCUGGUAGACCUCGUAGGCCACUGUUAUAUAAUCAGUCAUUCUCAGGCGGGUGCAUAUGGUUGGAGGGUUGGAGACAUGCGCUCAGACCUCGUCAAGGGCAUUGUGCAGCUCGAGCCGUCUGGUCCACCGUUCACCCUCCGUCCACCGUUUGGAAAUGACCCAGCUUUCGCUUUUGGCCUUACCGAUCUCGCAAUUGGAUACGAACCAUCUGCAGGGAAGAAUGCUGAAAAGAUCGAAACGGUUAUUGAGCCAGCGGUUGACGCCGACCACAACGAGUGCGUCAUGCAAAAGUCUCCAGCGAAGCAAUUGACGAACCUGGCCAGAAUUCCAGAACUUGUUGUCACUGGCGAAGCAUCGUUCCAUGCGCCGUACGAUUACUGCACUGUCAAGUACUUGGAGCAGGUCGGAGUAGACGUGGAGUAUGCGGACCUGGGCAAGGAGGGCAUACAUGGUAACGGACACAUGUUCUUCAUGGAGAAGAACAAUCUCGAAAUUGCAGACCGCGUGUAUCAAUGGUUGCGUAAGCACUAGUUAACGUAUAAAGGAG